CCGCUCGCCCGACUGACUGACAACACAAAACAACGAAGAUCCAUCCGCUCCUCGGGCGUCGGACCAAUUCUGCCACAGAGAAGGAGAGGAGGAAGGACUGACUAUGUUAGCUUAGUGCUGCUGGGGACUGUUAGAGUGUGUAACAUGCUGACUAGAUCAGGUUGCUGAGGGUGAGAGGUGAGAGUUGAAGGGUCGGCAGCGCAGCAGGCAUGCAGAGCAUUAAGUGUGUAGUGGUGGGCGACGGUGCCGUAGGGAAGACCUGUCUGCUCAUCUCCUACACAACCGGAGCCUUCCCUAAGGAAUAUAUACCCACCGUGUUUGACAAUUAUAGCAGCCAGGUGACAGUAGACGGGCGCUCCAUCAGUCUGAACCUGUGGGACACGGCAGGUCAGGAGGAGUACGACCGUCUGAGGACCCUGUCCUACCCUCAGACCAACAUCUUCAUCAUCUGCUUCUCCAUCUCCAGCCCCGCUUCCUAUGAGAACGUCAAACACAAGUGGCACCCAGAGGUGUCCCACCACUGCCCCGGUGUGCCUGUCCUCCUGGUAGGCACUAAGAGCGACUUGCGUAACGACGAGGAGACCCAGCGCAAGCUGAAGGAGCAGAGCCAAUCUCCUGUCACUCAUCACCAGGGGGCGGGACUGGCCCGUCAGAUCCAAGCCGCCCGCUACCUGGAGUGUUCCGCCCUCAACCAGGAUGGGAUCAAAGAGGUGUUCGCUGAGGCCGUCCGAGCCUUCCUCAACCCCCAGCACACCACCAGCAAGAGGUCCUGUAGGCUACUGUAGAGAGCGAGAGAGAGAGAGAGAGAGAGAGAGAGAGAGAGAGAGAGGAGAAGGAGAGAGGGGGGGGGAUUGGGGAGAUAGAGAGGAAGAGUAAAGGAGGGGUAAAAAGACUGAUGUUUGCUGAGGCCAUCCGAGCCUUCCUCGACCCCCAGCACACCACCAGCAAGAGGUCAAGACGGGGAAAGAAGGGUGGUUAGCUAGAUGAAGAGACAGAAGGGGGUGGGCAGUUGAAACUGAAAAACUUACUGCAACAAUGGAAAUAAUAGGAAUGUACAUGACUAUGGUAGAAUAAUUCAGUUACAUGUAAAUAUGACAGGAGAACAGUAUUCUCUUUUUCCCCAGUGACCGACGAGCCUUACUAUUGGGAAGAGGGAGGGGCAACUGCACUCUGCAAAUGACGAAUUACAGUGAUCUGUUAUCAUGGACACUUGGGCAGUUCUGAUAGGCCAGAGCAGUGUCACUCAACGUCUUUACCAGAGACUGAUUGGUCUGUGAUGGUGGCGUCUACUUUCUCUUCCCGCUCCCUGACCCUCGUCUCUUUUCCUCUUAUUCCAGCUUUAGAGCUCAGUAGAAACCCAACUAAAGAUUAUGUAAAACAUAUUGAGAAAUAUCAUGAUGAGCCAUGCCUCUUUCAAUUCCCAGAAAAUAUCCUUUAAUAUUUGUUUGUUUGUAAAUCAAAAAUGUGCCUUA